GCUUCAUCACGGAAUUUCGCCAUUUUAGAUUCACUCUUUUUGUCAGCACGUUGCGACGUUAGGCUUGAAUAAGAUUUCUAUAUUUUUCGGUGAAAUAUUUGGUAAUUGGAAGAAUUCCUAUUUUAAAACGUUCUGUAUAGAAGGACGAUUGUCUGUAGUUGAUUUAUAUAGAACUAGUCGUUAAUAUAUGGGGGUAAACUGAUUGCUCUUUGUUCUUGUCGAGUUGGGCGUCGAAUCAAUUGUGCUUAUUUCUAGUUAGCUUUAUCAACAGUAAUUUAUUGUAAAAUGUAAUUAUUGGAUGGUUGUUGAAAAGCUAUCGUAUUUUGGAUUCGAUCUUCGAUCUACGACCCCGUGUACGAGUUUCCUCAAGGCUGCAAUAUGCCACGCAUCGAUCCGUUGCAGCUCCUCAAGUGCCUUUCGGUCCUUCUCAGCCCAGAUGGAGGUAUUUUAUCUCGUGACGAAGUUCCUCGGCUUGUGAACUUGAUGACCAAAUUCUCCAAGAAACUAGUCAGCAAAUGCGUCUACGUCCUGAUUAUGAAGAAUACAGAGACCAGCUUGGUCGACAUGUUUAUGGCGGAGGGAGGAUGGGCGCUAAUCCAGAAUUGGUUACAGGACGCAGUGCAGACAGGCAAUUGGGACUUAGUUAAGGAAAUUCUUGGUUUGUUGCUCAUCACUCCAGUAGACGUUGAAAGACUUAAAAUGAAUUGUCUGCCAAAGGUCAUCAAGAGCUUGUCCCGCAGAGAGGAUUUGCCCGUCGCCAACAUCUCCAAUCAGAUAGUUCAGAAUUGGUUGACGAUAGUCAAGGGGUGCUCUGGGAUGACAACAUCGAACGGUCCUAUUCGAGUUUCCCCUGCUCACUCCGACAAUCGGGUUCCUGCCCAGAAUGGAGAAGAAUUCAACAAAAAGCCCGAUGUUGCCGUUGAUGCCCCUGAACCUGCCGUGUCUGUUCCAGUGGAAGAACGCAACGGCGAAGUGAACAAAACAAGUCUAGAAAAUGUUGAGCCUAUUGGGACAACUACUUUUUAUAAAAUGUCGAUGAAAGAUGGGAAGCAGGUUAUUAAAAAAGUUACUCCUGAGGACAGUAAGAAUGUAAGCGAGGAUGACGAGUCGAUCAAAAGCGACGACAAUAAAAUCAAACCAGUGGAGAAAGAUGCGAAGUCCAGUGAUAAAGAAAAGUCGUCUAGGUCGGCGUCGUCGUCCUCGAAAAGCAAAUCGAGUUCUAGUAGUAGGGACAAAGAUAGGGAUAAGAAAGGUUCGAGUAAAUCAAGCAGCAGUAGCAAAAGCAAAUCAAGUAGUAGCAGCAGUCGAGAUAAAGACCGAAAAGAUAGAGAUAAAGACCGCGACCGCAAAGAUCGAAGCAAGAAUAGCAGGUCCUCUUCUAGGUCCAACUCUAAAAGCAGCAGUAGUAAGGACAAAAAAGAUUCCAUAGAGAAGUCCAAGGAACCGAAGGAGGUUAAAGAAAAUCAGGCCGAUAAGGAUAAGGAUACUUUGGAUAAAGUCAAGCCUCAAACGUUGGAUAAACUGGGCAGGAUUCCGAAGAAGUCCAACGGUUCUGAUGAAAAGCAGAAGGAGAACAAGACCAGUGAGGAAUCCGACAAAAAGAAGCCAUCGUUCUCAAUUCUUAACAGGAAGGGAACUGGCGAGGAGAGGUCCAAAACCGUGAAAGUCUUCAACGCAAAAAUGCGCUCCACUGGAUUGGAGGAAGAGGUCAAACCACCGCCGCCCAGAUCCGCUAACAAGAAGCCCAACCCCUCAGUUCAGUUGCCGACAAUUCCUCCUAAGAGACCUUCGCCGCCACGAGAAUUUAGCAGCAGCGUGCCUCCGGAGAAGAAGCUGAGGAUCGAGAAGGUCGAUAUUCCCGACCGACCUGGCGCUAUCAAGCUAAUACCACCCAAACCCAAACCCGCUAUUCUACAAGAGAGCGACAUGUUUAUGGACGCAUUGACAGCUUCCGCCCCGAAGAAGGACGCAAAGAAGCGGAAACGAAGAGUCAGUGUAUCCAAAGAAACCGUUCCCUCAUCUCCAUCAGCGUCGCCUGCACAGGGAGAUGGACAAGCGGCAGAUUCUGCAACCCCAACAAGUCCGCCCAUAGGACUGAAGAACUUGGCCCCCAUCAAUUUUUAUCAGGAUACUUUGUCGAAAGAACCGGUGGCAGCAGAAGAAACGGCUGAAGCAACAGAGAGUGAUAGUGUGGAAGCUGGCGCUGAGCCGUCGGAACCUAAAGAAACUCCAUCAAGUCCACCCAACGGCACCGAAUCGGAAGCUAUGGAAGUUGAUGAAGCACCAAACGCUCCACGACCAACAAAGCAGGAAGGUGGUCUUAAGGGGGUGUUGCUAUUCGCGAAAAAGAAAGGCCCGAAGCGGUCGAUUAAGUGGAAGGCCGAAGAUGAUUUGGUGGAAGUUCGGUACUUCGAGCUGGACGAAAAUGAGCGAGUGAAUGUAACAAAGACCUUUAUGGACAUGGCCAAAAUGGAAAUGACUAGUGAAAGGGAGGCGUUGAUCAUGUCCCGGAAGCUCCCGAACGAAGACACGAUGGAACCUCAGACCAUGUGGCGUAUGCUGUUUAUGUGCGACCAGCCCGAAUCACUUGCGAUUCCCGGAUCGAAGAGCUUGGAAAAAGAUAUUCAGUUUGCUAGGGAGAAAACAGUCCUUGCUGCGCUCUAUUUCGACAAACGGCGAAUCCCCGACAGUGCCGAAGAACCCAUUCCGGAGAUCCAUCAAAUGAGCGAUCCAGUGAGCAUUCCCUUGGAGGAUCCAGAAUGUCAGGAAAUCGAUCUAAGGAACACGCCAUGGCCGGAACCCAAAGGACUCUCGCCUCAAAUGGAACCCCAAAUUGUGCCCCCGAUAUUCCAAAAUAUGCCUUUCAACCCCAACUUCAACACCAUGGGCAACAUACCACCUGGGGCUCCUUUCAUGGGAGUACCACCAAGGUUCCAAGGCCCGCCCGGACCGAUGGGCCCCGUUCCUGGCAACUUUGUGCCCCCCAACAUGAUGCACAACAACAUGAUGGUACCCCCGAUGAACCAGCCGGACAUGAUGAACUCCAUUCCCCCUGGUGCGAUGAAUCAGGGUUUGUUUGGACCUGGUGGAAUGAUGAAACCUGGACCUGAUGGUUUUAUUGGACAUGGAAACGCGAUGCCUUCAUUCAACGGCCCUCAAGGCCCGAUGUUUGGCCCCAAUAACUUCAAUCGAGGCCGAGGAGGCUUUCGGCGCGGCGGCAGCAAUAAUGGGGGUUGGGUUCAGUUAAAUGGGCCCCGGGCGUGGAAGAGGGGAAGUUCCGGAAGCUCCAGAGGUGGCGGAAGACUAUGCAAAAAUAUUCAGAAUCACGGCUAUUGCAGGAACGGGGACAGUUGCCCGUUUGUGCAUUAGGGUUGUAAUGAGGAGCCGUAACUGUGAUAUUAGUGCAAUAGCGUUGAAAUGCUUUAAGUUCUGUCGGGGUGCAUGAUGAAGAAGUUUCAUUCUAUCGGCAACUGUGAUAUUAAUUUAGGGGGUUUGAGCCACGGCUGUCUGGAACAUUUAUACGGGAUUUUUUCGAAGAAGUGCGCCAGUGUCUAUUUUCGGAAAAAUCCUAUUUCUGAGUGUUAUGAGGAAUUGUGUGUAUAUACGAAGUAAUUUAUAUUUACGACUCAAUAACUGCAAUACCUGGUUAUUGCGCGAUUGACCACUCAACAACUACUUUCGGGUUUGCAGUAUAAUUUCGUUUCUGUUAUCACUAGUUUUUGUAAAUUAUUUAAUUUAAUAAUCAGUAUUGCGAAUUUU